GCGGGGAGAAGCAGCGAGCGCUCAGCAGAGACCGGUUCGCAGCGAAUCGCAGCGAAUCGCAGCAGCCUACCAGCCUCACCCAACGCCCCCUCCACUCUCUUUCUCUUUGACUAUGGGAACCUCCGAGAAGAUACUGUCCGCCGUCUCGCCAGGCUCGUAGGGAAGGGGCAUUAUGUUGCGUAGCCUCCCCUCGCCCACUCGACCACAGACUACCCCCAACCCUCACUAUCAUCACCACCACCACCGCGACGACCAUUGCACCAGCAGUUAACACAGCCACCAUGAACGAAUCUCCGCCGACCCGUUCCCCAGCACUCCUUGCGACUGCCCGCGGCCGCCAGCUCCGGUCAACGUCCGAUACGUCCCCAACCCGCCAACGGAAGACCGACGAUAUCCUGUCCAACCUCACCCCGCGGACCGUGGUCGACGCCUUCCGGAACCCCUCGGGGUCGCUCAAGGCCUGCAUGCAAGCGGCGACCCCGGCCGAGCAGGCGUUUGCGCUGCGGGUUGCCAUUGCCUCGAACAGCAUCUAUGAAUGGCUGGAGGAGCUCUCUGCCUGGCCAUGGCCGGCAGGCGGGACCUCUGCGGGCUUCGAAAUCCCUACGGCGAAGACGGGCAGGCUCUUCCACUCCGGCAGCGAGCCCUCGGCGGACGAAGCCCCACGCCCAGACCAGGAAUACAUCGGAAGCCUCCCGGCCGCCGACGUCGCAAGAUAUGAGAGGCGGUUGGAUGAGAUCGCCCAGGGGCUGGAGGAGCUCGACAUCGAAGAGAUCAAGAGGCAGGUCUUGAACAACCACAUCAUGCCGCUGUCGCGCCCGGGGACUCCGGUAAUGGAUUCCAGUCGGUCCGCAACGUCCGCCCUUUCCUCUGUUGCGAUGCUGGACGACUUGGCCGCCUUGAUUACGGCCACCACUGUGCAGGCGCUGCCCAAUAUUUCCAAGCUAGCAAAGCUGAUGAAUACUUGGAAUUUUCGUCUGCUGGUGCUGCGGAAGAUUCCCGUCUUCUUGGCGUCCCUCACCGAUGCCGAGGUUGCCCUUCGAUCUGGCUGGAAUGCGAUCGGUCUUGACACAACCCCAGACCGCGCUGCCGGCAAUCUCCCAAACGGCACUGCAGGUACUGGACCCGCAACAUUGUCUCGGGAAGACUUUGAUGUCAUGAAGACCGUUCUCGGACGCAAAGUUGCCAAGGCCGGCCGCGAUUUGGAUUCAAUGCUUGACAUUCUUGAAGGGCAGCCGGACACGCUGCCAGAGGAAUGGAUCGACCGCUUGGAUGCGCUGGAACUCGGGUACAGCGAAUGGAGUGUGGCGGGCGAGAGAAAGGUCAAAGAGGCGGAUUUGGCUAGGUCGGCAAGCCAAGCCGCUCUGGAGCAGAACAGCUCUGAGCAGCCGGCGCCCCUGGAGCCAAAUCUCAGCGCGGGUGCAUCCUCUGCUACCAGCGGGUCUCUUACGUCGGCAUCUCCGAAAGCACAAGCACCGGAGGCGGCAACACCCCUGAACGGAAGCAGCACCCGAGCUCUUGGCCAUGCUGAGGUCCUGCCGCCAUUGAUCAAAAUUCACCCGACUGCAGAGGAGCACGAGCUUCAGCCGGAGGAUGACUGCCCCGAUACCGACGACGAGGAGCUCGCCCCAGGGGCGUAUGAUAGGGUCAGUAGCGUGCAACAGUCGGGCUCGCGCGGGUCAAGCCCCGCCGACACUGCCCACGAUUACCGCGGCGAGGAUGCCGCGGGCGCCGACGGAUCUCCGUCAAACUCUGAAAUCGAGCUGUCGGGCAUCUCGGAGCAUCAGGCACCUCCAUCCGAAUCUCGAGGUAGACGUGAUAGCGACGUGUCCCAGUCGUCGACCGUCAUGCAGGAAGCUUCAAGCAUCUUCACGGAUUCAUUCUCCAGUGACCUUGACCACGGCACUCCAGAACGCCCUCGGCAGCAGGCCACGGUUCGCGACGGUGACAUCUCCGGUUUUCCAUCUUUCCGUUCGAGUACCAGGUCGAUGUCGGUGAGCUUCAACGAUCAGCCCUCCGUCGCAGAGUUGCCGAGCUUCCCGAGUCCUCCAAGCACACCAACCAAGUCGGUGAUCUUGGAGGACGACGUCGCCACGGAACCCGACAGUCCUUCUGAAAUCAGCAUGCCGCGCUCAGACGACCAGCUUCAGCAGCAGAUCAGCGAGAUUUUGGAAUCGGUGCCCGCCAAGAUUCGGCUGACCGCGGAACCUCCCCCCGUCAACCUGAAUCCCCCGGACUUCAAGAUGCCGACGGCGCGGAAGAGCUCCCGGCCGGAUGCCAUCCCUCGCAGCCAAUCCAGCCUAUCCAUGAGAUCCGCCUAUUCCCGCUCUGGCACGCCGUCGUUUACCCUAGCCCCGGCCUACGGCCGCAGCUCGCGUCCGCGCCACCAGCGCACCAACCAGGAUAUCAAGCUGUACCACCUGUCACGCUCCAACGGCGAGGCCCCAAUCAAGCUUUUCAUCCGCUGCGUCGGUGAGCACGGCGAGCGCGUCAUGGUGCGCGUCGGUGGCGGCUGGGCCGAUCUCGGCGAGUACCUCAAGGAAUACGCCAGCCAUCACCUGCGCCGCUCCGCCGGCGGUGGCGUCGACGACGACAAGGUCGAAGUCAAAGACAUCCCGCGCACCGGCGCCGUACGCGCCGACUCCCCGCCCAGCCGACCCGCCUCGGCCCUUGACGUCUCCCACCACCACGCUCACUACCACAACUCUCCCGAAAGCCCGCUCAGAGUGCGCAAGACCAGACGCCCAACACAGCACUCCCACGAGGAUGCCAACGCGAGCAACAACAGCAAUAACGACACCGACGAGCCCUCCACAUCAACCGCGUGCCCCAAGACCCCGCUCGCCCCCGCCGGCCGACGCGACGCCACCCCGCCCUCGGACGGGUCCUCGCGCAGCCGCUCCAGCUCACGCUUCAACUGGCUUGACGACGACGGAGACUUGUCAGCACUGGGCAUGGCCGGCCCCCGAGCGAAGCACAUCGAGAUGAGCGAGGAGCGCCGGGCGUGGGUGGAGAGCGUCAAGGAGAAGGUCCGCAUUGCUAGUGGCGAGCGGAAAGUGUCGCUUCCGCUGGCCGGGGGCGCGCCGCCGUCGUUGCCGGGGAGUAUGGUUGCGGCGGGCGGCGGGGGUGGCGGACCCGGACAAGGGCAGCCGCAGGGGCUGGAGGCGAGUCUGAUGGACCGCGACAAGGGAGGGGCUGUCUUUGGGGAGAUGGGCAAGGUGGGGAGUACGAAGAGGCUGUUUAGACGGGGGUAGAAGUAGGCGCUUGUUUUUCAGGGGAAGGGGUGUCUGGUUCCUCCGUUUGCACGGGUGGGACGGGUUCUCAGGUGCUGGUGCUGGUACUGGACUUGUUAGGAGGCACCGGAGUAUCGGAGUAUUCGGCCAUGGCGUGUGGCUGUGGCGCCUUGGGGGUA